AUGGCAGCGUAUGGCGAUGAGAAUGCCUACAGGGCCUUCAGAGAUCAUCAGCCGACUGGAAAGACAGCUCUCGCUGUAGUUCCGGCCAGCUCGCUCGAUUGCCAUGCUGCCUCAACCGUGUUUGCUCAAACGGCAAAUCAGCGUUCUGCGACCAGCAAGCCUGCCCGUAGACCGCUCACGGUCAUUGCGAUUGGCGAAAAGUCAUCGUCGCCGUCUGAUGCAAGCUCAUGUACACCUAGCAAAGCUGAACGCGAACGACGUCGGACUGAUAUGGAGAGACAAGAGAUGCAUGAUCGGUUCGAGAGAGAGAUACAGGCUGUCGAAGAGCGUCUAGCGCAAAAGGAAGUGGACAAAGCCAGGGGACGCAAACCCCGUCCUUCUUCGGGAGCGAGUCAGAGAGCAGGCGAUCUCAUGUCGGCGCGUCUUGCGUUGCUCGAGGACGAUGGACAGGAUGAUGUCGAAACUGACGGGAUUGAUGUCUACAUUCGAUAUGCCAAGUGGACGCUGACAGCGUACCCCAUAGCCGGCGAAGAGCACGAUGCACAUGUGCUACCCAUUCUCGAGCGGCUCGUCAGGCGGUUCUAUUCAGUGCCAAAAUAUCAGACCGAUGCGCGCUACUUACGCUUCUGGCUGCUUUUUGCACAGUACUUGCCCGCUACCAGCCUGAGCAGUACAUCUACUAGCCCCAGAAUGGCGGUCUAUGCUCUGCUGCUUCUUGCCCGGAUCGGGCAUUUGCAUUCGCAUCUUUAUGAAGAGUUGGCCAGCUUUUUAGAGUGCCAAGCACAACAUGAUCAAGCAGAAACAGCCUAUAAGCUUGGGCUGUCCCGCAAAGCAGAGCCGAUUGCCCGCCUGAAGAAGAAGUACAAGGCCUUCCUGGCAAGGCGCGCAGAGCAACUCGAGACCGAGCAGCGGGAGCGCGACGAAGGCAAACGGCUGGCAGUCUUCUGCGACGAUACUCAAGUCGCAGGAUCUGACAGACAUCCUCUGCGAGUCAUCUCCGUGUUGAACGGCGUAGAACAUCUAGACAAGCUCGAGCAACUGCGGCAGCAGCCCCUGAAGAACUUUGAGCUCCGCCUUUUGCCGACAGCCCUGCUCGAGCCCAUCGACGUUGCGAUCCUCCUAUCUGGUCGUGGUCAUGCGCCUUCGCAGACAAAUGGCCAGCAACGACCCAUCGUCAAUCUCAGUACACCACUUCAUCUGCUCUACCCGCCGGACAGUACAGCUGAGCAAUCACUCGAAGAGCUCAUGGCCUCUCGCUAUAAUCUACAGCUCGCGGCCUUACCUGACUGGGCCAUCGGUACAGCGCUGUCAGUUGACGCCUACGGAGAACCCCUUGCGCCUGCCGUUGUCAGCACGGCCUCAUCACCAACCAAGCCUUCAGUACAAUUCAACGUCUAUCAGGAUGACGAGCCUGAAGUCGUGUUCCACGCAUCGCCCAUGCUCGCCCGACGACCGCCAUCGCCAACCAUGAACACCAGGGCAGCCUUGAAUGAAGUUGACGCAAUGUUCAGUGCUACAUUGAAUCUCAACGCACGAGGAAGGGAGCGCAUGCCAAGUGCAGAGUCGCAAGACACGUCACGCUCUUGCUCCGAGCCCGGACCUGAACCGUCGCAGUACAGCGCUUCAGGUUCGGCGCGAGAUACAGGGAGCGACGAUGUCCAGUCCGACGAUGAGCUCGCAACUCGCCUUGCAACACAGCCAAGUCAGUUCGCCUCGCAGCUCAGUCAAAGUUUCAGCCAGCCGGGCUUGCCAUUCGGCUUCAGUCAGAGUCAGACCGUGAUACCCUCCCAAGAUUCAGAACGCUAUAGCGACGACGAGGACGCAGAGACUGGUGUUCUGCGCCCGUCGCCCACUGGCGUAGCGUUUGCAGAGGAUGAUGCAGGACUGUUUGUAUCGACACAGACGGAUACUCGCGCGCGACACCGCCAAACGGAACGAUUCGGGCAAGCUUUCGACGCGAUGACGCCCAUUACCGAGCGCACAUGCGAGAAUGGCAACACUACUCGAGGCGCGCUGUCCUUCAUGUCUUUGCCAGCCUCGGUGGCGCUCUCGGAAGGUACAGAACAGUCCCGUACUUCCGAAAACAAUACAGACGAGGUCAAUGGCAACACGUUCAAAUUCUGCAAAUCUGUACCGGUACAUUCGCGCAAAUCCGAGCUAGGACACCGCAAGAGGUCGAUGGCCUCUGCUCCGUGCGAUCCUUUCGAUGCCGCCAUCGUUGCGCAUCUACUGACGCAGUCGGAACACCUUGCGAGCGUGUCUUUUAUCGAUAUGCGCAACCGGACAGCGCAGCAACUGACAGCGCUUAACAAGAUGGCCAGCGUUCAAGUACAGUCGAGCCGAAAGUCGAGUAGCAGUGCGUCUGGGAAAGACAGCGACCCGUGGGAGCUCGAGCUCGGGAACGACGUUUUCUCCGUCCGAGCGAAGCUGGGCGAAGGUGGCUUUGGCGCCGUCUUUGCUGUCUGGAAGCAAGUCAAGCUUUCGCCUGAUGAAAGCAACGCCUUCAGCGAUGACGAUGACGAUGAUAGUGAUCAGCUAGCAGCGCUCAAAGUCGAAGGCAGAGUCAACCUAUGGGAAUUUCAUGUCAUGCAUCAGCUGCACCAACGACUUGCUGUCUACGCGCGGAAUUGGUUUGUCAGAUGCCACGAGCUUUACGCCUUCAAAGACGAAUCAUUCUUACUGCUUGACUUUUGCCCGCAAGGGAGUCUGUUCCAUGCGAUCAAGUCUGCUCAGAGCAAUGGCAUAGCCUCCGCUGCCGGCGCGAGUGGCAUAGACGAGAUGGUGGCGCUCUUCUUCAUCAUCGAGAUGAUCAAGAUCGUCGAAGCUAUCCAUGCCAGCGGCUUCAUUCAUUGCGAUGUGAAGGCUGAGAACUGCAUGAUCAGGCUCGAAGAAGUACCUGGCGGUAGCCGAGCGUGGUCAAGCAAGUAUUCACGCUCUGGCGAAGGCGGGUGGAAUUUCAAGGGCCUAAGGAUGGUCGAUUUCGGCCGCAUGAUCGACAUGUCAGCCUUUCCAUCGGAGCAACAAUUCCUCGUCGAGUGGACGGAGACUCCAGAUCAGCACGACUGCUUGGAAAUGCGGAAUGGCAAGUCGUGGACUUACGAGCCAGAUUACUACGGUCUUGCCAGUAUUGCGCACCUUUGCUUAUUCGGUAGGUUCAUCGAGACAACAACCGACGAAGACGGGCAGCAAUGCCUGACACAGGGCUUCAGGAGGUAUCAUCAAGUAGAUCUAUGGACGCGUUUCUUCGGUCUCAUGCUCAAUCCUGGACUGGCAUUGCCAAUCACCGACCGGCUGCGGGAGCUUCGGUGCGAGAUGGAAGAUUGGCUCGAAGCCAAUUGCGACAAAGGCAGUGGGCUCAAGACGAUGCUGAAACGAUUGGAGGCAUACACCGACUCUGCUGCUAAUUGUAGAUGA